UUGAGGGAGUAACAACAAAGAAGCGGAGAAGAAAGAAACUAGUUAACCAAGAAAAACGGCAAACAAAAUUGUAUAUUUAUUUCACAGUGGAACAACAAUAACGAUUUCAAGUGUUUGUGAGCCAGCGGAAACAGAGUGAAACACGCAAAAGUUUCGCUAGUUUUUCCCACUUUUACUUGAAAACUCGAACAGAGACAAGAAGCGGAAAAAUCAAGUUGCCAAUAAUUGCUGGGUCCAAAGGUGGGCAAACCCGAGAGAGAGAGCUGUGCUGUUUCCUUCAUCAAUAAGCGGCGGUGGCCUAUUAUAAAUGUUUAUAAUGGCCGUCAUAUAACUAACUGUAGGUGAUACACAGCAUUACGCGAUAAGACAAGCGUAGUAAAGAGCGAGAGAGAGAGAGGGAGACCUCAAAUAGAACCAACUCAGGAUUAUUCAUCGAAAGAAUUUAACACACAUUUAAUCACAACACACCUACGAGAUGAAUCGUCUAGUGAGAGCUUUUAGCAAUUUUCGGGACUUUUACAACGACAUCAAUGCGGCGACCUUGACGGGUGCCAUUGACGUCAUUGCUGUUGAGCAGGAAGAUGGAGAAUUUCAGUGCUCACCCUUCCACGUCCGGUUUGGCAAACUGGGAGUGUUGCGGAGUCGCGAGAAGGUGGUGGACAUUGAAAUCAAUGGAGUGCCAGUAGACAUACAAAUGAAACUUGGCGAUUCCGGCGAAGCAUUCUUCGUCGAGGAAUACCCUGAGGAUGACGACGAAGAGUUGCCCGAGAAUCUGGCCACUUCGCCCAUACCAAAGAGUUUCCUUCAGUCACUGGAGCACAAGGCCAAUGACACUCUAGAGGACAUUAGCGGAGUUACCGCCGAUAACAAAAAUGCUAGCGAAGAGUUGCAAAUACCAUUGCCUUUGCCACGUCGCAACUCCAUAGACUUCUCCAAAGAGGAGCCUAAAGAGACAGUCGCCGAAGGUGUCAAAUUCGAGAAUCAAGUUUCGGAUUACACACAGCGCAGACACACUGACAACACUUUGGAGCGACGUAAUCUCAGUGAGAAAAUCAAGGAAUUCACAACACAGAAAAUACGUCAAGAGUGGGCCGAACAUGAAGAACUCUUUCAGGGUGAAAAGAAGCCCAUUGAGAAGGGAGAGAAUCAAGUGGAAGAGCUGAAACCAGAGACACAGCCUGAAGCCGAGGCGUUUGCUCGACCUGCAGAAGUUGUAGUCCCCGCUCCCGCCAUCGCCAAUGUCCAAACCCCGAUCAGCGAGCCACCCAAGGAUGAGUCAAAAAGCAAAACCAAGAAGCGGCGCAAGAAGUCACAAAUGAAGAAGAAAAAUUCCCAGCGCAAAACCUCUUCGAGUAGUUCGGUGGGCAGCACCGGAGGAGGUGAUACUGGAGACAAUAUCUCCAUAAACUCUGUACCCGUGGCCAACAUUGAUGAGGGCGAUGUUCCAGCGUCCAUCACCACUCCGAUCUCCAACGCCACCAAUUCCUCAUCCAACGAUGAGCAACCCUCGGCCCCUCUACUGACGGCCCACACCGGCGAUGACAGCCCCAUAACUCCCAAUCCCGCCUCGCAGCGCAUCGAUCUGGACAUUCAUUUCUUUAGCGAUACGGAGAUCACCACUCCAGUGGGCGGAAGUUCGAGCGGAUUGGGACGAGGUGGUGCCGGACGCCCCUCAACACCCAUACAAAGCGACAGCGAACUAGAGACCACAAUGAGAGACAAACGUCAUGCGGGCGAUGAUGAAAAGGCGGCAUCCUGGAAAUGGGGCGAGCUGCCGACCCCAACCCAGGUUGCGGAGGCCACGGCAAUCGAACGACAGUCGAUGCUAAGCAACGUCUUUAGCUUCAUGAAGAAGGCGAAUCGCAUACGCAAGGAAGUCAACGAGUCUGGAGACAUUUACCUGUCCGAUCUGGAUGCUGGCAGCUUGGAUCCAGAAAUGGCAGCUCUCUACUUUCCUAGUCCAAAGACCACUAAGGCGGAAGUUCUGGUGCCAGCAACUGUGGAAGAGGAUCGGGAGAGCGGGAACGGUACAAGUCUGCCGCACUCGCCCAGCUCGCUGGAGGAAAACCAGAAGAGCAUUGACUCUGACUUUGAUGAAAGCAAACAGCAGAGAGAUAACAAGUAUCUGGACUUUGUGGCCAUGUCCAUGUGCGGCAUGCCAGAGAAUGGUUCUCUGCCCACGCACGAGGAUUUCGAUCGUCAUUUGAUCAGCUAUCCCGAUGUGUGCAAGAAUCCCAAUUUGUUCACAUCGCCAAAUCUAGUCGUACGUCUAAAUGGCAAAUAUUACACGUGGAUGGCUGCAUGUCCCAUUGUCAUGACAAUGAUAACUUUCCAAAAGCCACUAACCGAUGAAGCUAUAGAGCAGCUAAUGUCACCGAAUCUGGAGUCCAUUAAAUUGUCAUCUAAUGGCGAUAAGCACGAGGAGAUAGCAGCCCAGCCUGACAAUGAGGGUCAACCUAGACGUUCCUGGUGGAGCUGGCGGCGCUCACAAGAUGCUGUGCCCAUUCAUAGUCAUCCCAAUGCCCCAAUCGGCAAAGAAGACAAGGAUGGUGAUCAGUUGGCAGUGGCCACACAGACCUCUCGACCCAAUUCACCGGAUAUCAGCGAUCGUACCGCCAGCAAGAGCGACUCUCUGGCCAAUCCGGAGAAUACUUCGGCAUUGGUGGAUAAUCUAGAAGAACUCACCAUGGCCUCCAACAAAAGUGAUGAGCCCAAAGAGCGCUACAGGAAAUCGUUGCGUCUCAGCUCGUCGGCAAUUAAAAAACUAAAUCUGAAGGAGGGCAUGAAUGAAAUUGAAUUUAGCGUGACGACUGCCUAUCAGGGAACCACGCGAUGUAAAUGCUAUCUCUUCCGCUGGAAGCACAAUGACAAGAUUGUGAUCUCCGACAUUGAUGGCACCAUCACCAAGUCCGAUGUAUUGGGUCACAUAUUGCCCAUGGUGGGCAAGGAUUGGGCACAAUUGGGGGUGGCUCAGCUGUUUUCGAAAAUUGAGCAGAACGGCUAUAAAUUGCUCUAUCUGUCGGCCCGUGCCAUUGGCCAGUCACGCGUGACUCGCGAAUAUUUACGAUCUAUACGUCAGGGUAAUGUCAUGUUGCCCGACGGUCCCCUCCUAUUGAAUCCCACAUCAUUGAUAUCGGCAUUCCAUCGCGAAGUGAUUGAGAAGAAGCCAGAACAAUUUAAAAUUGCCUGCCUCUCGGACAUUAGGGAUCUAUUUCCAAGCAAGGAGCCCUUCUAUGCGGGCUAUGGCAAUCGCAUCAAUGAUGUUUGGGCCUACCGUGCCGUGGGAAUACCCAUUAUGCGGAUCUUUACCAUCAAUACCAAGGGUGAACUGAAGCAUGAACUUACCCAAACAUUCCAGUCCUCGUAUUGCAGCAUGACCUAUAUAGUGGAUCAACUAUUUCCCCCUGUAAAGCAUAAUGAAGCUAAUGUGGAAUUUUCCAACUUCAAUUAUUGGCGAGAUCCUAUACCCGACUUGGAUAUACCUGAACUCGAGACGGAAUUGGUGCCUCCUAGCAACAAAAUUGAAAUAGCCACUCUUCGACCCAUUCCAGAGAAGUGAACUUGAGGCAGUAGAAGUAGCAGCAGCAGCAGCAGGAAAAUGGAAAUAAUAAGAGGACGACCAGAGUUACUUAGCCCUAUGCAAAUACACUACUUAUAAAGCAUUAUCCAAAAGGCAUACACACAUAUGUACAUGUGUGUAGACAUUGUAGGAUAUAUAUCCUAGAAACAGCAUAAGAAUACAGUUCGCUUCAGGCUUUUCUUUGCACACACACUCUCUAUCCAAUUGAGCUUACAAGAAAGAAAAGGAAAAACGCCUAUGUGUAUGUUGCAAGCAAUUAAUUUAAUCAUUAUUAGAAUUACAGUUAGACCCACAAUUUAUGAAAUUUUUAGUUCAAUUGGGUAAUCAAAAAUAUUAUUACACACACACAUAUAUAUAUAUAUAUAUAUAAACUGAUACUAUAUUGAAUUAUUUUUUUACUUAUAAUUUUUAUAGUUCCUUUCGCUUUAUUAUGUUGAUUGAAGAUUAAUAAAAUUAAUUUUUGGAUGUUGGCUUGUGAUUUAUGAAAAAUACUUUUAUUUAUUCGUGAUUAAAUUUAAAUUAAUUAAUUAAAGACAAAAUUGUAUUACUUAUACACUACACAUACAUACAUAUAUAUUCGAUGAAAUAUAAAUGAAAUGCUUAAUCAUCUUGUCUAA